GGGAGUCGCGAGCGCAUCUGGGCUCGAGCCACCGGAGCCAUGGCAACCGCGACGACAGGUGAGGAGAAGACCAUCUCGUCGUAAGCAGCGAGAGUUUAGUUUUCACUGGAAAUAAAGUGCGCUUUUGUGUUCCCUCUAAGUCGAACUGCGUGUAAUUAAUCGGCGUCAUGUCAUUUCAACGCUUUUCCGCGAUUUCAGAAGCCGAGACGCGUCAGAGGCUGCUCCGUAACGUGAAGAAGGAGGUGAAGCAGAUCAUGGAGGAAGCAGUCACACGCAAGUUUGUGCAUGAAGACAGCAGUCACAUCGUCUCCUUCUGUGCUGCUGUGGAAGCGUGUAUGUUACAUGGCCUGAAGCGGAGAGCUGCAGGGUUUUUACGCAGCAACAAAGUUGCAGCUCUGUUCACUAAAGUGGGGAAGAGUUUUGCUCCGGCCGAGCAGCUCUGCCGUAAAGCUCAGGAACUGGAGCAACUGCUGGAGAACAAAAGAGCUCAGAUGGGCUCGUACAGCGAGACGUCUCGUAAGUUACCUCCUCGGCUCCCUGGCCAAUCAACCCAGGCCGCUCGGCACCUGUGGAUCCGCACAGCUCUCAUCGAGAAAGUCCUCGACAAGAUUGUCCUGUACCUGGUGGAGAACAGCAGUAAGUAUUAUGAAAAGGAGGCGGUGCUCAUGGACCCAGUGGACGGCCCCAUCCUCGCCUCUCUGUUAGUUGGUCCGUGUGCACUUGAGUACACUAAGAUGAAGACGGCCGAUCAUUUCUGGACGGAUCCCUCAGCAGACGAGUUGGUGCAGAGACACAGGAUCCACAGUGCGCACUACAGGCAGGACUCGCCCACGAAGAGACCUGCGCUGUGUAUCCAGAAGAGACACUCCAGCAGCAGUAUUGAUGAGCGUCCUUCUCCGUCCCCCUCAGCAAGAGACUACGUGGAGUCUCUGCACCAGAACUCCAGAGCCACCCUUCUGUUUGGCAAGAACAACGUGCUCGUACAGCCGAGAGACGACAUGGAGGCGAUCCCAGGAUACCUGUCACUGCACCAGACGGCCGACACCAUGGCGCUGAAGUGGACACCCAAUCAGCUGAUGAACGGCUCUGUGGGAGAUCUGGAAUACGAGAGGAGUGUGUAUUGGGACUACGCCAUGACCAUACGCCUGGAGGAGAUUGUGUAUUUGCAUUGUCAUCAGCAGGUGGACAGCGGGGGCACCUUAGUUCUGGUAAACCAGGAUGGCAUUCAGAGGCCUCCUCUACGUUUCCCACAAGGAGGUCAUCUCCUGCAGUUCCUGUCGUGUUUGGAGAACGGGUUGCUGCCUCACGGUCAGCUCGACCCGCCGCUGUGGUCCCAAAGAGACAAGGGUAAAGUCUUUCCUAAGCUGAAGAAGAGAGGAACUCAGGGAUCAGUGGACUCAGAUAAGGAGGAGGAUGAAGCCACCGAUUACGUCUUCCGCAUUGUCUUCCCCAACAGCCAGAAUGAGCUCGCUAGCUCAGAACCAAUGGAGCAGGGGGUAAACAUGUGGCAGCCAACAGAGAGGAAGUCCUCAUGUUCUCAGGCCAGUUUCUACGAUGGAGCGUCACCCAACGGCUGCAAACAUGAAAGAGCUCCUCUGAAGCUGCUGUGUGACAACAUGAAGUAUCAGAUCAUCUCCAGAGCGUUCUAUGGCUGGUUGGCAUAUUGCCGUCACCUGUCCACUGUGCGCACACACCUCUCCGCUCUGGUCAAUCACACCAUCGUAAUGCCCGAUGUGCCGUGUGACGCGUCCGGAGGUCUCACUACACCAGUGUGGAACAAGUUCCUGCAGGACUGCAGUGCGUAUGAUGAGCAGGAGCUGUGGCGGUUGGUGUAUUUUGGAGGAAUUGAACCCUCUCUACGUAAGGAGGUCUGGCCCUUCCUGCUGGGUCACUACCAGUUCGGGAUGUCAGAGAAUGAGAGGAAGGAGGUAGACGAGCAGAUGCGAACGUGCUACGAGAAGACGAUGAGCGAGUGGUUGGGUUGCGAGGCCAUCGUGCGGCAGAAGGAAAAAGAGCAGCAUGCUGUAGCCUUGGCUAAGUGCUCAUCUAUGGCCAGUAUGGACAGCAACAGCGUUCCAAGCGCAGUGCACCGUGACUCGUCCAUCAGCAACGAGUCAUCUCAGAGCUGCAGUUCAGAGAGGCAGAGAGCUCGUCUGCAGAGUGACUCCAGCAGCAGCACACAGUUCUUCACUCCCCAAAGCCCCUUCCCCUGGAGUAGUUGGCUUCCCUUUGGCUUCUUCCUUCAGGUGUUCGAGUCCGUGGACGAGGUCGAACAGAUUGAUGCCGAGCCCAAAGUCAAUGAAGUCAAACUCCUCUCCAAAGUCUCCAACGGCUCAGACUCGGGUCAUCCCUCUUCCAGAAACAUCUCUGUCGCCUCGGGGCUGUCGGACUCCCCCAGCACAGAAGACAGCGGCGUGCAGGAGAUGAGCACCAAAACUUCCACCCUGGAGAAUGUCAUGCAGGAUCACAGGAAGGAAGAAAACAAAAAAGAAAAGAUGGAGAAAACUGUCAUGGCAUGUGCAGGAGGUAAGAGUGAGAAAGCAGAAAUGGAAGUUAUGGAUACUGUGGAAGAACCUCAGGUGUCUGAGAAGAACAAUGAGGUGGAUGUAGGAGAACACUCUGAAGUUGGUGAAGGUUUUGAAGGUAUUGUUCCUCAGGUGAAUAAGGCCACCAAAGUAGAGGACAAAAAAAGAAGGACAGAGGUAUUAGAGGAGGCAGAAGAACCUAAACAAGAGGAGAAGUCUGGAUUACUGAUAUCUGUUUCAAAAGGAGAAAAAAGUGAAGAGUGUGUAGGUACAGGCUCUGAGACUGGAUACCGUUCACCAGGUUUAAAGACUACAUACAGUGAGAUAAUAAAUACUUCUGCUUCUAUAAAGACUGAUGAAUCCGUGAAAAUCCAAACAUCCAAAGCAGAGCCAUCUGAGAAACAAACCGAUUCAAGACCAAAGUCGAAUGAGGCUCAGAGAGCAGCCGAGGCUCACAGUUCAAGUCUGGUUAAAGAGAAAGGUCAGGUGGAGGUGGUCAGGAAGAAGGUCAUGAUGCCAAGUGCUCCUGUGGUAAAGGAGAUUGUGGUGCCUGUUGUGUUUGAAGCCUUCAGCACACGUGAAAUGAGCAAAGAGACACCUGCCACUGACUCAGACGAGUCACCUUCAGCCAUCGAGAUGGAGGAGAUCCCCGUGGCCCGCCUGGUGGGCGUUCAGGGAGCCAGUGAAGCGGAGACACUUUACCCUCAGUAUGAGUCACAUGCUGUGGCCAGUGAGAAGAGCACCACCACUUCAGUUUCCCCCACUGGAACAAUUUACUCGCAGGAGCUCUUGGACUUGUACACUCUGAACCUGCAUCGUAUUGACAAGGACGUGCAAAGGUGUGACAGGAACUACUGGUACUUCACCCCCGCUAACCUGGAGAAACUCCGCAACGUCAUGUGCAGUUACAUCUGGAAGCAUCUAGAGAUCGGCUACGUGCAGGGGAUGUGUGACCUUCUGGCUCCUCUGCUGGUCAUUCUCGAUGACGAGGCUCUGGCCUAUAGCUGUUUCACCCAACUGAUGAAGAGAAUGAAUCAGAACUUUCCUCACGGCGGUGCCAUGGACACUCACUUCGCCAACAUGAGAUCCCUCAUCCAGAUCCUGGACUCAGAGCUCUUUGAGCUGAUGCAUCAGAACGGUGACUACACCCACUUCUACUUCUGCUACCGCUGGUUCCUUCUAGACUUUAAACGAGAGUUGGUGUAUGAAGACGUGUUUGCAGUGUGGGAGAGCAUUUGGGCAGCUAAGCACGUCUCCUCUAGCCAGUUUGUCCUGUUUAUUGCCCUAGCCCUUGUCGAGAUCUACAGAGACAUCAUCCUAGAGAACAACAUGGACUUCACUGACAUCAUCAAAUUUUUCAAUGAAAUGGCCGAGCAUCAUAACGUGAAGCAAAUCAUGGAACUGGCUCGAGAGCUUGUUUGCAAAGUGCAGAUGCUCAUCGAAAACAAGUAAUGCUGAGACAACUGUCAACCGCCCUCAACUGUCUCCAUGCCAAAAUGUGCCAUUAGUGUUUGCUGACAGGAAACGGCCAAGAAAACCUCCUGGGUCCAAGUCAUUUAGCUCUCGAAUAACCGUAGUUAUGUUUAUAAGCUGAUGCUGCUACUAAAUUCGUUCAUCUUUAGCAAACACUUUAUCCUGGUCAGGGUGAAAAGAUCCGGAGUCUGUCCCAGAAAUGCUGGGCACACACCCCAGGCACCAUACACACACUAGGGGGCAAUUUAGCACAGUCUGUGCACAUACCGGCAUGUCUUCAGAGAUAGGAGGAACCCAGAGAACCCAAAGGAAAGCCAUGUGAACACAUGCGAAACUCCACACACACACACAGAGCUCAGGAUCAAACCCGGAGACCCUGAAGCUGUGAGGCAGCAAUGUAACCCACUGCGCCACUGGUGUCUUUUACAUUCCAGUGUAUGAAUCUAAUAGAAGUGAGAGGUAAUUCAUGUCGAAAGCUAUCUAAGACCUCAGUGACACUCCACGUAUCACACAUUCCAAAUUUCUCUGCCUCUUCGGGUCAGUUUCCUUACACAGCUGCACGUCUGGUUACCACCUUGUGUGUAUCUUCAGUAACAUGGCAUUAUAUUGAUAUUUACCUAAGUUGCUGCUUUGUCAAGGUGCGACUUUAACGCCCUCUCAACACUGUGUUACAGAGACGUGUUCUCAUUCAGAUCUCCUUCCAACCUUUACCUUCAGUAGUGAUGAGAUCUAGUGCUGAAUUUUAUUACAUGCAGGUCUGUGUGCACUGUUGUGAACCAUCUUUCAGAAACUUGAACACACCGCAGCAGAUAUUUCAGUGUGUCAAUGCGAGGCAUCAGCUAUCAUCAGUGCCUUGCACAAGUGUUUACACUAUGAACCUUUCCACAUUUUUUUAGUGUUACAACUUGGUACUGAAAUGGACUUCAUUGGGGAUAAAAGUCAUGACGCAACACAAAAUCGAAAUGAAGUCUUAAAGGGCUGCAAAAUCAAUACUGUUGUCACCCCUGUUCGUGUGAACCCUGAAACUUACCACCUUGUUAGUUGAAGGAAGUCGAUUUGCGUGUGGAUCCAGUGUCAUGUGACUUCACUGUAAAUACAAAAGAACCUUGAAGAGUUUAUUAGAGAACAUAUCUAAAGAAAAAGCAUCAUUAGUAAUCAAAACAUCCUGUGGAGAGAGAUUAAAUGAAGCCCUCCAAUUCUUCAGAUAAUCAACAAGAGCAUGGUGCUACCACAACCAUGUUUCACUGUUCCUCAGUCUUCUCAUAUUUAUUAUUGCUAAACUGUAUUGAUUAUUUCUGUGUUAUUUAUUUUGUGUUGCUUCAUGACAUAUAAUCCCCAUUAAAUCCAGUCCAGUUUAAGGUUUUAACAUUACAACAUGUGUGUGAAUACUUACGCAAGGCUCCGCAUGUGCACUAUCAUGGGUUUCACUUUACUGUAACUGUAACAGAAAAAAGAGAAGAAAACAGCUUAUUUGUGCAUAAGGACAAAUCUAUAUUCUAUAUAUAUAUAUAUUAUAUAGAGAGAUAUUAAUAUAUAUUAUGAACCAUGAUGUUAGAGAUUGUGUUUUUUGUUCUGAAUGGAAAUAUAUAUUAAAGCAGAGAAACUUCAGCAGUCCUCUUAUUUAUUUUUGCAUUCUGGAGUAACUUACCGUUUACAGUGUGGCCUUAACUGUGUUUCUGCUAGUCUGUAUGCUCCAUUGGUGCUGUUUGAGUCCAAGUUUAGGGCAACAAUUUCACAUCUGCCCUCUGCCUUUUAUCAGUUCAGGACCUGGAUCACAAAGGAACGCCUGUCAGGGUCAGAGUUUCAAAAGUCCGUAUCCAUUAUGCUGCGAGUAUUGUCCAGAUAUUGGACUUGUGACAAACUACCAAAGUAUUUUUAGUGAUAUUGUUGCUCACUGUGCAGCAGAAUUACCUAAACGAAAUGUUUAGUCAUCUUCACCAGACAAAAUCCUUCAGACAGAUGAGCAGGAAUCUGUUGCAGUUAAUGCAGGGCGAGUUGUUCCAUGACCUGAACAGAAUCCAAACUAAAAUUUGAUCCAUUCUUCUGACCAGUGCAGUAUGUCCAGUGUACUUCAUCAACCGUUCUUUGAAGCAAUGCGUUCGCCUGAAGAUUCUGCUCCUCUAUGAACUUGCCACUUUGUCAUGUUGCUUUGGAUAUCAGUGGAAAAUUUGUGCAAGCUAGCUAGCUCGAUGAUAGCGACGAAAAAAAAACUGUAUUAUUUGUACGUCUUGCUUUGAGCUGUUUAUUUAUUUGUUUCUAUCUUUUAAUGCAUUCAGUUUUGUCUUGGCUUUUGUAUGUAACACUCGCACUUGUACAAUUGUGGUUUAUGAUUAAACAAUAUAU